CCAACCAAGUCGACGCUCUGAGCCGGCGAAGAAGUAAACAGUCGACCGUCACUCGAGUCUCUCUGUCAGCUUUCGUGGAACAAUGUCGCGGGGAACGAGUGCCGGUUUCGAUCGCCAUAUUACUAUAUUCUCGCCGGAAGGAAGGCUUUAUCAAGUCGAAUAUGCCUUCAAGGCCAUCAACCAGGGUGGACAGACUUCAGUAGCCUGCAAAGGCGAGGACACUGCUGUUUGCGUAACCCAGAAGAAGGUCCCUGAUAAGCUGAUUGACCCAGUUACAGUGACCCACAUGUACCAGCUGACGGACAACUUGGGUUGCGUCAUGACUGGCAUGCAACCUGACAGCAGCUACCAGGUGAUGGUGGCCCAGCAUGAGGCCAACAACUACAAGUACAAGUAUGGCUACGACAUCCCAAUUGAUGUCCUCUGCCGACGCAUUGCCGACAUCAACCAGGUCUACACUCAGAAUGCUGAGAUGCGCCCUUUAGGAUGCUGCAUGAUACUUAUAGGCUAUGAUGAUGAACUUGGACCCUGUGUUUACAAGACAGAUCCUGCAGGCUACUACUGUGGGAACCGCGCUUGCUCUGCUGGGGUCAAACAGACAGAGGCUAACAGCUUCUUAGAAAAGAAGUAUCGCAAAAAGACAAAUUACUCCCAUGACGAGACCGUCCAGAUGGCCAUUACUUGCCUUAUGACUGUCCUGUCAGCAGAUUUCAAACCCACAGAAAUUGAGGUCGCUGUCGUGUCAAAAGAGGAACCAAAGUUUAGGACUUUGUCUGAGCAAGAAAUCGACUACCACCUGAGUGCCAUUGCUGAGAGAGACUAAAGAAACCUCAGCUGGUGUUUUUUUUUCCUUUUUUUUUAAUAAGUAAAACUAAGGAUCCAUCAACUAAGAGAGCCUCUGUAAGGAUGCACAUUAAGAACAUACAGGUACAUUGAGUCUAGAAGAAAAGCUCCUUGGAAAUAAGUAGAUAUUGAUAUUAUUGAUUUUGUAUUUCAAAUCAAAACACAAGUUUGUAAGAUCUGCUAUUCUGUAAACAGAAAGUGUCAUUUUGGAGAAUAUACGUUUUGUUCAUUUCCAAAUGAUAUUAAAUUUUAUUGUCUGAUUUAUGAAUGAAGCAAUAUGGUCCCAGAGUUUGGUGUAUUUUUCUUCUGACUGCAACAGUCGCCAGAUGUAUCCUACUGAAAAUCCUUCAGAGAGUAAGAGGAAGUUACAGGAGUUUGGUUUAGGUUGCUUCAGGAAGGCUCCCAGUGACAGUGUGUGUAGUAUGUUCUCAACCACUGCUUAACUUUUUAUAAAUGAAAAUAUUGUAAUGGUACACUUGAAUUAAAAGUGCUUCAGAAAUA